CCCGGAAGCGGAGGGCAUCGCUGCCCCGCCUGCCCCGGCCGCCAUCUUGGCUGGGAGCCGCGGUCUCGCCGCAGCGGGGAGGUGUGGGGGUGGUGUCGCCGGUGGCGGCCCGACCCUGCCCUGCCCGCCUUUCUUCUGUGGCUUCUCCUCUCUUCCCUUCCGUUUUCCUUCCCUUCCUCCUUCGCUCGGCCUCUGGCUGCGGGCAGGUGGGGCGUCCCGGCGGCGGAAGGGCCUGCGCCAGCAGGGAGAGAUGAGCAACAACAGUAAUAAGAGAGCACCAACGACAGCAACACAGAGGCUUAAACAAGACUACCUUCGAAUUAAGAAAGAUCCAGUGCCUUAUAUCUGUGCAGAGCCCCUCCCAUCUAACAUUCUUGAAUGGCACUAUGUUGUACGAGGACCUGAAAUGACUCCCUAUGAAGGUGGCUAUUAUCAUGGGAAACUAAUAUUCCCCAGAGAAUUUCCUUUUAAACCUCCCAGUAUUUAUAUGAUUACACCUAAUGGAAGGUUUAAGUGUAAUACAAGAUUGUGUCUUUCCAUCACUGAUUUCCACCCGGAUACAUGGAAUCCAGCUUGGUCAGUCUCAACCAUCUUGACCGGCCUCCUUAGCUUCAUGGUGGAAAAGGGCCCCACACUGGGCAGCAUAGAGACCUCAGAGUUCACAAAAAGACAGCUUGCUGCACAAAGCUUGGCAUUUAAUUUAAAAGAUAAAGUCUUCUGCGAGCUCUUCCCUGAAGUGGUGGAGGAGAUCAAACAAAAACAGAAAGCACAAGAAGAGCUCAGUAACAGACCUCCAUCCCUCCCUUUACCAGAUGUUGUCCCUGAUGGGGAAGCACACUACGGUCAGAAUGGAAUUCCCCUUCUUAAUGGGCACGUCCCCCUGGCACCUGCCAAUCACCCCGGGCUCCACCAGGCCAACCGCAACCAUGGACUUUUAGGCGGAGCUUUGGCGAACUUGUUUGUUAUAGUUGGUUUUGCAGCCUUUGCCUACACAGUCAAGUAUGUCCUGAGAAGCAUAGCUCAAGAAUGAGGAUAAUAAAAGAAAUCUCAAGACCAAAUUUAGGGGUAGUUGCAGAAUGAGUGUUGGGACUCUUCUUGGGCCAUCUGAAUCUUGACACUGGGAUAAAUCUUUGUUUUACGAAGGCAUGGGUGAAAUGUUUGCUGGCUCAUGGGUUAUGUUUGGGGAGUAGAGUAGUUCUGAUUAGUCAGGAAACUAAGAUAUUCUGGUCACAGGUCCUGUUGUCCUCACUGCUGUCCAGUAGUGGCUCACAAGUCAAAGCAUUAGUGAUGAGAGGCUAACAUUUCUAGUGCUUUGGGUUUUUUUAUUAUUUUUUUUUUUUAGCAGUUCUUCAUUUGUUCUUUGGAAUUUGCAAAUCUUGAGCAAAUAAGGCUUUUUACUUCAUUGAACAAUUUUUAAAACUUCACAGUUUAUGCAUAUCACGUUUUAUUUUCAUUAGGGAUGAGUCUGUACAGAUCUGGAAAUGAACUGAUUAGAGCUCACCUGUGGACUUGGUAAUGGAGUGGUUAAUGAGAACAUUGAUGCUACAGAAGAUUGCUGGCUUCAUUUUUUAAAAUAGAAUGAGCAUCAUUGCAUAUCUAGUCAGUAGUGAUUAGAUGAGUGGGAAAAUGACACCAUGUGUGUUCAGUGUGUUGUCUAAAUUGUUACAGUGGAAUGGAAAAUUUUAUUUGGGCUACAAGAAGUGCAGUUGUUGGCCUUUGGGAAUGAUUAUCAAGAAAACACAUUUAAUCAGCCUUAGUGAAAAUACUAGUGUCCAGUACUAUUAUGGAUUUGUUCACUUAAGAGUUUUCCAUUUUGGGAGAUGUUACAUUGGAAAGCUGUAAUACUUAAUUUUGAUCACAAGGUGCCACUGUUGGAGAAAAAAAAUAAUAAUAAAACUGCACACACCAAUGGAGAGUUGAUUGUAUAUUCAGAAAAUCUUCCCUGGAUUUCUUGGUCUUUGGUAAAUGCAGUAACCCUAGCCCUUGUGAAGAGAAAAAUACAAAUGAGUGAAUAAUAAACCAACUUUCUCAGAGUCAACUGAUCUAAUCUGAAGUGUCCCUAGCUGACUAAAGUGAAUCUUUAAAAUUAGUUCCCCUUGCUUAGUUGAAAAUUUGCAUGAACUCUCUUUAAAACCACCACCACAAGCCCAAACCCUUCAAAUUCAUCUGAGAUCCUUGCAGCUUUUUGCUUUGAUGUCUGAGUUCAUCACUGUUCCCCUUGAGAUGAUGGAUGACAGAAAUGUUGAUGUUUGGUCAUGAGAUUACAGGCCAGUGGGUAAACAUGAAAAUUCCUAGAAUAGUUCAAAAGUCUGAAAUGAUUUUUGUAACUGGGUUUCCUUGGUUUCACCCCCCUCCCUGCUUAAUUUUAUCCAAAUGCUUUAUUUCAUCAGAGGCAAACUUCUGUGCCUUUCAUAAUCAGCAGUGAUGCCUGAUCACCUGGGGAAGAACACACUGUUAAUAGGACAACAAACUGCCCAAGGUGAUAGCAGAGGAACAUGCUCUGCAUUCAACUGCAUAAUCUUAAGCAUUGUGAAGAGCCCAAGUAAAUGUUUCCUCAUGUACUGAAAGAAUUCUUUUGAAAUUAUGUUAUUUUCCUUUUCAGAUUUGUUCUCUGCUUCUCCUUGGUAUCUUGAACUGUAAGCAAAAGUGUAUUGUUAACCCAUGAGCCGUGCAGCUUAGAGCAUCAGUAAUAUGACCAAUUCUCUGCAAUAGGUAGGAAUUACCAAAAAUAGCAGAACAAUUGUAUCUUGAAUCUUGAGGCAUUUCUUACUGAGGUAAGGAAGGGAAGGAAGAGAUAGAGGGUGAAUGGGGAUGGAAUUUAUUGUAAAGGCUGAAUUUUGGAAUGUAUUUAUAAAUCUUUGAUUUUUUUUUUUUAAUUGUUUUACCAAAUCUUAUUUAUUACUAUUUUUCAUUUACCUCUUGUAUGUUUUUAAUCAGCUCUUGUGAUGAGAGAAGCAGCACUAUGUAGAAACAGUUAUGUUCUGUUAGGGCUCUGGAAUGAAAGGGGGAGCUUUGUCUCUCCUGCAGUGACAGAAUUUUCAGGCAGGCAUGUCAGGUGGGUAUUUUUUAUCUCAAAGCAUAGGGACCUGUAGCUGAGGCUGUUCUGCCUCUUAGAUCUUGGUCUCAUUCAGACAUGUUUGUGUUCUCACAAUGCCUUUUAUUACCACUGACAUCAUCUACAGACAGAAGCUUAUAAUUGGUUAUCCAUUUUUAUCUUCUUUAUCUUAUGGAAGUUCUUCUGCACAUAAAUGAAGACAAAGGCAAGGAGACUUUGGCUAUGGUGUGUUUUCAUCUUUUCUGAAAUGUACCUGGCCAAGGUAAAAGUAAAAUCUGGAGAUGUCAAAUAAAAAGCAUUAUGUGACGAGAAGUUGGCCUUAAGCUACAGCCAAGUGCUUGAAGUUGGUUCUCUUGCUUUUAGUUAAGUGCCACAAUUGGAAACACAAAAGCUUUGGUUAAACCCUGAACAUGCUGCAUUUUUUCUGGGGUUUUGUUAUAUUUAAACCAAAACUUCAUGUUGAGAUUUCUCCCCAGUAGCCUGGGCUCAGACGAAGACUUGACAGGCAUUUCAGAUGCCAUCUGUUGGAAGCUGGGAGCAAUAGCUCACUGAACCCUUGCACCUAUGGCUUACAAGAUUUUGAUACAUCUCCUUGCUUAUGGUAACAGAAGAUUUAUUCCAUUUUGUGUUGGAUUUAUUGUUUUGUGUUUUUUAAAAAGCAUUUAUAACAGGAUGCAGUAUCUGAACUUUUUGUUACCAAACUCAUUUGAUGGAGGAGGAAGUCAUUCUUUGCCAUGCAAAAAUGUUACCAUGCCCUGAAGCAAUGCAUUACUCAGUGUAAUAAAACCAAAAGCUGUCCCUCAGUAUAUGAUGAUGAUGUAGGAGCAAAUGUCUGGGCCUGCACUUUCAUGCUGCAAUUGCAAACAUUUCUGUAAGGUUGCUAUGCACAGGUGGUGAGGAUUUUUUGCAGCUUGCACCAGAAGACAUCUGAGUGGUUACCUUUAAAGCUCUCUUGAUUUUUAAAAUCCUGGAUUUGUGUGUAGUCAUAACUUUUUUCCCACCUAAGAUUUCAAGGUCACUGAAAUUACUUCAGACCAUGUACUGAGGAGUAGAAAUGACUGCAUUGUAAAGUUGUUUGUUCAUAAUAAACACAUGAUAAAAGUUUUA